AUGGAAUACAAUCAGUUAUCAUUGACCCCAGUCAUUCAGUCUUCAAGUCAAUUGUAUCAGACAGGUCACAUCCAGACAAGCCACGUUGAGAGCUUUCCUUCAUCAGUGGAAUACAAUCAGUUGCCUUCUGCUUUCGCCAGUCAGAAUUAUAAAGGAUACAACAAUAACAGAAGUCACACUCAGAUUUUGUUUUUGCAUUUUCUUUGGGAAGGCAUCUCUGGUCAUGACAUACCACCUUCAUCAGUGGGAUACAGUCAGGUACCUGUUACAGCAGCCACUCAAAGUUAUCAGCCAAACCAUGCUGUGGCUGUGGUUGUCAAAAUUUUAGAAGCUGAAUACAAGAGGCGAUCUCAGUUGAAACCACUUCUUUGGGAGAGCACCAUAAAGUUGCCUCUUGAAGAUGUCUACACCAGAUUGAAAAUUGUUUCAAGAAGGAAAAGAGAUUUUCAGCUUCAAAAUGAUGAAGUGAGCAUGGAAGGCAUCUUUGAAGAAAACGACGAUGUUGUUGUGUUGGUAGAGGGAAGCCCUGGAAUAGGCAAGACAACUUUUUGUCUUAAAAUUGCAUAUGACUGGGCAAAACAGCAAAUUCCAAAGGGGCAUUCCUUUCCUGAGUUUGUAGUUUUGCUACUGUUGAAAUGCCGGGAUAUUGAUGGAGACGUAAUGGAUGCGAUUGUUGAACAACUUCUGCCUGAACGUAUGGAUGAAACUGUCAAGAAAGAGUUCAUCGAUUUCAUCGAGGGUUUUCAUUACCAAGGAAAAGUUCUGAUCAUUUUAGAUGGUCUGGAUGAGUUGCCUAAGAAAUCAGAAAGUCAUGUCAAUCAGUUGCUUCACAAAAAAAUUUUACCUUUUAGCUAUGUCCUGGUCACAUCUCGCCAAGAGAGAGGAAUUGCAGUGCGACAGAAGGUGGAUUUUGAUAUUCUUUUACAAAUUCAAGGAUUCACUGAGGAGGAUGCUUUUGAGUACAUCAGGAAACACUUUAGGUAUGCAGGUCCUGAGCAUUUGGCCAGAGGAGAGAGGCUUAUUACUGAAAUCAAAGAAAACACUUUCCUACAUGCUCUUCCAAGCAACCCAUUAAAUCUGCUGCUGCUUUGCGUUGUUUUUGAGGACUAUCAAGGAGAACUGCCAUCUUUUCGCACAGAACUUUAUCAGAUCAUCAUCCGAUGCCUCUUAAGAAGGUAUUGUGCAAAACAUAAGUUGGAAGCACCUGGUGAUGACCAAGCCCUAGAGAAACAGUUUGAAGAUAGUUUACUGGUAUUGGGAGAGUUAGCUUGGAGAUGCCUGCUAGAAGGUCAGUUUUCUUUUCGUGAAGAAGAACUGGCAAAAUUUGAAAGUAAAAUUAAAGACCUCGCAGCUCGCAAACUUGGCCUUGUUUUCAAGGAAGCCAGUGUGAAGAGGAUAAAUCCACAGCAUGAGUAUCACUUUUUUCACAAGACUUUUCAAGAGUACUUGGCCGCAACAUAUCUGGCAUGCAAGCUCCUAAAAGAAGAAUUGAACGUUUUCGUUGAUUUAAAGUUCAAGUUUUCUGAAAUCACUGUCAAAUACCGGCAAGUGUUUCUCUUUGUGUCUGGUAUCCUGGGCAAGGACGCUAGUGUUCUUUUCAAACAGAUUGGUGAGACACUUGCAGGUGAAGACUGGGACUGGCUCAAGUGCUCUAAAGAAGAAGCUACUUUUUUCACUGAAAGUUUCAGUGAAAGUCAAAAUGCUGAGCAAAUGGCAGUGACUCUUUGUUCCUUCAUCCCAUUUCCACUGACUGUAGAAAUUGGAAACUUUGAAAGGAGAGAUGAAACUAUAAAUGCACAUAUUUUGAUGGUUGCAGAAGCCUGCAGUAAUUUUCCACAAUUACAGCACCCUGUUCAUCUCACCAUUGAAAUUGUAGAUGCUGAUUUCCUACUAAAUGAGGGUCUAAAAAUGGUUGCUAAAUUCUUAGUUUCCUGUCCAAAGCUACAAACAUUCUCCUUUCAUCUAUCUGGCUUGUCACUGGCACGAACACCUGUGACUAAUUUGUUUGAAGGACUUUCUCGAAACUCAACUAUAUCUUCCUUUACUUUUAGAGCAGCAUCUGGUAUCUCUUCGGAUCAGGCUGUUAUUAUUGGGGACAGUUUGGUUACUAAUAAGACCUUAACAACUGUAACAUUCGAAUUGUUAAAUGAGUGUAAUGAGGCAUGGGCCAGUGCUCUAGAAGAAGGAUUGUCUGCAGACACACCAUUGACGUCUAUUGUCCUCAAGAUUUAUGGGUCACUGAGUGCUAACGCAUUAGGGGGUUUGAAAAAAGUUCUAUCCAACAGAUCUCUGGCCUCUCUCACACUCAUCGUCUAUGGUGAGAUGCAGGAUUCACUAGCUACUUCUGUUGGCAAAGCACUUGGAACAGAAUCCAUUUUAAAAUCCCUCACUCUGAUCAUGUAUGGGAAAGUAAGCUAUUCUGGUGCUAUCUUCUUAAGAAGAGGUUUUCUGGAAAACAGUGCCUUAAAUUCUUUGGAAGUGAAAGUGUUUGGAGAGCUCCCCAACAACUGGGUGACUGUCGUUGAGAAAGUACUAGAGGCAAAAAAGUCAAAGACAUCAGUUGCAUUUCAUCCAAAUAUCACUGGAACCAUAUCAAAGGAACAGGUGACUGGUCUUUGCCCUGGUUUUAAACUUCAGUCAUUAACUUUAAACCUUUGGGGCGAGUUGAGCUGUACUGGGGCAGGCACUCUCUGUAACCUCUUGAUAACAUCGUCAGCUUCUUGUGUCACUUUGAACAUCCAUGGAAAAGUAACAGAUAAUGUCGCUGAAUUUCUUGUAAGGUAUUUAAAGCCAUGCAAGACCCUGUCCUCUCUCAGUAUCAACAUUUGGGGAGAACUAACCAGAUGUGGAAGCAGUGCUCUUCAAGAGUUAGAGUGUAAUGUAAAAUAUUCGGUUGCCUUGAAUGUCUGUAAUGUGGCCUCAGAUCCCUGGAUUUGUAAAGAUCUUAAUGAUACAAUCAACGUUUCUUCAGCAUUAACCUCAGUCUUUACCGAAGUUGAGCAGAACAGCGCAAGAAUUCUAAGCCUCAACAUCUCUAACCAGGAUUUCUUUGGUUUAGACUGGGCACGCAAUCUGGGAGAUGGUUUGGCAAAAAGCACGUCAUUAACUACACUAAAUCUUACAUUCAACAACUGCAAGAACCUGAGAGUAGACUGGGCAUGCGGUCUGGGUGAUGGUUUGGUAAAAAACACAUCAUUAACUACACUAAGUCUUACAUUCAACAACUGCAGUGGCCUGAAUGAAGAUUGCGCACGUGAUCUGAGUGAUGGUGUGGCGGAAAAUACUUUAUUAACUACACCAAGUCUUUCAUUCAACAAUUGCAGGGACGUGAGUGAAGACUGGACAGAUGGUCUGGAUUAUGGUUUGGUGAAAAAUACUUCAUUAACUACACUAAGUCUUACAAUCAACAACUGCAGUGACCUGAGUGAAGACUGGGCACGUCGUCUGGGUGAUGGUUUGGCAAAAAAUACCUCAUUAACGACACUAAGUCUUACCAUCAACAGCUACGGUGGCCUGCGUCUAGACUGGUCACGUGGUCUGGGUAGUUUGGGGAACAAUACUUCAUUAACUACAUUAAGUGUUACAUUCAACAGCUACAGUGACCUGAGUGAAGACUGGACACAUCGUCUGGGUGAUGGUUUGGCGAACAAUACUUCAUUAACUACACUAAGUCUUACAUUCAACAACUGCAGUGACUUGAGUGGAGACGAGUUAGAUGGUCUGGGUUAUGGUUUGGCGAACAAUGCUUCAUUGACUACACUGUGUCUUACAUUCAACAAUUACAAUGACCUGAGGCAAGACUUGGCACAUGCCCUGGAUGAUGGUUUGGCAAAAAAUACUUCAUUGACUACACUAAGUCUUACACUCAACAACUACAGUGACCUGAGUGGAGUCUUGACAGUUGGUCUGGGUGAUUGUUUGGCAAAAAAUACUUCAUUAACUACACUAAGUGUUACAAUCAACAACUACGGUGACCUGAGGGAAGACUGGCCACUUGAUCUGGGAGACAGUAUAGGAAGAAGUAAGUCAUUAACAGUUGUCAGUGUUACUGUAACCACCUUCAUUAAAGUGAGUGAAGAAUGGUUAUGUGCUCUCUGUAACAGUCUUGCGGAAAGCGACACAAUAACUGCUAUGACGUUCACUUUUAAUGACCACAGUGGUACAAGUGAAGUCCUUGAACUUGAUCUCAGGAAACUUUUUGCAGAUUGUAAGUUAUCACCUUCUCUAAAUCUAACAAUUAGCUCGUACGGAGAGGCUGUUGUGAGCUAUGGAGACUGGACACGUGGUCUGGGUGAUGGUUUGGCGAAAAAUACUUCAUUAACUACACUAAGCCUUACAUUCAACAACUGUAGUGACCCGAGUGGAGGCUGGACACGUGUUCUGGGUGAUGGUUUGGCGAAAAAUACUUCAUUAACUACACUAAGUCUUACAGUCAACUUCUGCGGUGACCUGAGUGCAGACUGGACAUAUGGUCUGGAUGAUGGUUUGGCGAAAAACACGUCAUUAACUACGCUAAGUCUUACAUUCAACGGCUGCACUGACUUGGAUGGAGACUGGAUACGUAGUCUGGGUGAUGGUUUGGGAAAAAAUACUUCAUUAAUUACACUAAGUCUGACACUCAGCAACUACAGGGACCUGGGUGAAGACUUGGGACGUUAUCUGGGUGAUGGUUUGGCGGAAAAUACUUCAUUAACUACACUAAGUCUUACACUCAACAACUACAGUAACCUGAGUGGAUACCGGGUACUUGUUCUGAGUGAUGGUUUGGCGAAAAACACUUCAUUAACUACGCUAAGUCUUACACUGAACAACUACAGUGACCUGAGUAAAGAUUGGACACGUGAUCUGGGUGAUGGUUUGGCGGAAAACUCGUCAUUAACCACACUAAGUCUGACACUCAACAACUACAGUGACCUGAGUGGAGACUGGCCACCUGAUCUGGGAGACGAUUUAGGAAGGAGCAAGUCAUUAACAGUUGUCAAUGUUACUGUAACCAGCACCUACAUUAAAGUGAGUGAAGAGUGGUUGUGUGGUCUCUGUAACAGCCUGGCAGAAAGCGACAAAAUAACUGCUUUGAACUUAACUGUUAAUGACCACAGUGGUACAAGUGAUGAAGUCGUUGCACUUGAUCUCAGGAAACACUUUGCAGGUUGUAAGUCAUCACCUUCUCUAAAUCUAACAGUUAGCUUGUAUGGAGAGGCUGUGGUGAGCUAAAAACUACAAUAUUCUUUGAGCAAAGGUCAAUUUCUAAUUCCAAUCUGGCAUUUGCGAUUCUAGGUGCAGGUGUUGUUAUGUUUGGUCACACACAUGAAUAUGUUUUGUUUAUUUGUUGAAAUUCUUGACACUAUUGUUUUGGUUAGGCAAGACAAAAAAAAGCUUUUCAACUUGUCAGUCAGCAAAGAGGAAGGCAAAAUUUAUUUAUUCAAUGUUGCCAAAUAACUUUAGAAUUGUAUCUCGUCUAAAAGAAUUUGAAGCUCUUUUGAAGUACAUACAAAGUAAUAACGAUUUUUCUACAGCUUCAGUGCAAUACGAUUUUUCGAACUUCCUAUAGGUAUGGAAAUUGCUUCAAAUAUCAGGAGGUUUGAAAGUCAAGGGCAAAAUACUCCCAGCGUUUCUGUGAGGGA